CUACCGGCGUACUAAAGGUGACCGGGGAGCCGCUCACGGCUCAUUACUGAAUGUCUUCACAUCGAGCGGCGGCGGGAGGCGGAAGGGAAGCUUUGCGGCAGAUCCGCUGCGUCUUCUCGGCCAGGCUGCUCCGUGUGUCGACGUCUCUCUGCGCUCAGGAUGGAUGAGCCGCCCCGCGCGCCACCAUCCACUCGCACCGUGAGCGCCCCGCACCUUUAGGCGGCUUCAUUUUUCACACGCAGCCGCAUCUUCAUCCCACUUAGUUUGGGCUCACCUUGCCAGUGACGCUAAAACGACGCGCAUGCGUUGCGCUUGGAAUAAUUUUGCAUCCUAAAUCGCCUCCCCGAGACCUUGUGUCAAAGUCGUUGCCAGGACCAGAGUUAGUGAUGGGGACUACUCUGGAGCGCGGAUGCGGGGGCUUCUUGUGCCUGUCCCUGCUGGCGUCUGUGGUGUGCGGGGCGCAAAGAGCCAACGAACCUAGCAACAUGUCCUUUGUGAAAGCCACGGUGGACAAGCUGCUGAAGGGCUAUGACAUCCGUCUGCGGCCCGACUUCGGAGGCGCUCCCGUGGACGUCGGCAUGAGCAUUGACAUCGCCAGCAUCGACAUGGUAUCUGAAGUCAACAUGGACUACACAAUCACAAUGUACUUCCAGCAGUCGUGGAGAGACAAGCGUCUAUCCUACACAGGCAUUCCUCUCAACCUCACGCUGGAUAACCGGGUAGCGGACCAGCUCUGGGUCCCCGACACAUACUUCAUUAAUGACAAGAAGUCCUUUGUACACGGGGUCACAGUGAAGAACCGGAUGAUUAGACUGCACCCUGAUGGAACGGUGCUCUAUGGUCUCAGGAUCACCACAACAGCUGCCUGCAUGAUGGACCUGCGCAGAUACCCAUUGGAUGAGCAGAACUGCACCUUGGAGAUUGAGAGCUAUGGAUACACCACUGACGACAUUGAAUUCUACUGGCAGGGAGGAAGCAACGCAGGCUCAGUCACUGGCGUGGAAAACAUUGAACUGCCCCAGUUCUCCAUAAUAGACUACCAAACCCAAUCUAAGAAAGCUGUGUUUGCCACAGGCUCUUAUCCACGUCUGUCCCUGAGCUUUAAGCUGAAGAGGAAUAUUGGCUAUUUCAUCUUGCAAACCUAUAUGCCCUCCACCCUGAUCACCAUCUUGUCCUGGGUCUCCUUCUGGAUCAACUAUGAUGCCUCGGCUGCCAGAGUAGCCCUAGGUAUAACCACGGUGCUGACGAUGACCACCAUCAAUACCCACCUUAGGGAAACUCUUCCCAAGAUCCCCUACGUCAAGGCUAUUGACAUUUUCCUCAUGGGAUGUUUUGUAUUUGUCUUUCUGGCUUUGCUGGAGUAUGCUUUUGUCAACUACAUAUUCUUCGGUCGAGGUCCUCAUCUGCAGAAGAAGGUGGCAGAAAAGGCUGCCAAGUCCAACAACGAGAAUAAGAAUAGACUGGAGAGCAACAAAGUGCAGGUCGAUGCUCAUGGGAACAUCCUCCUGACCAACCUUACCAGCGAGAUGAGUGGAGCAGAGAUGAUGGGAGUUCUCAACGACCCUCGGGCUACCAUGUUCUCUUAUGACAGUGCCAGCAUACAGUAUCGCAAGCCCAUGACCAGUCGAGACCUGUAUGGUCGACCACCCAUUGACCGGCCAGUGGGCAACAAGAAGGGUCGCUUGCGGAGGAGGGCCUCACAGCUCAAAGUCAAGAUUCCCGACCUCACCGAUGUCAACGCCAUAGACAAGUGGUCUCGUGUUAUCUUCCCAAUUGCAUUCACCUUCUUCAACCUGGUCUACUGGCUUUACUAUGUCCAAUAGGUUUGCAGAAGUGACCCUGUGGCAGCGCUACUGCUAAAGAUUUGAUAGAAAAGCUACCUAGAUCUUGUACAGCAAAGAAAAUUAAGGAGUACUCAGUCCAUUUGUAUAAAUCCUGUUUUGGAAUGAGUAGUACUGGAUGUCUUUACAAUGUAAAUACAAAUGAACAUAUACAUAUAUAUAAAACAGAGUUAUAAUUUAUUAAAAAUCCUAUCACUUUUCCUGUACUCAUCUAUAUGAAAUAGAUAGAUAAGAAUAUUUGAAUUUAAGACUGUAAAGUUAGCAUUUCUAAGGUCACACAUAUCGAAAAGACUUUGGUGAGUCCAAGAUUACGGGCAAUGAUCUUUCAAUCUGCUCUAUCUCUUUUUCUUACCUUCUGUUGUAUCACUUUUUGCAUGUGAAUGGAACACAACUUUGUAUUUGCUUAGGUAUAAAAGAAAAGAAAAUAGGAAAACCGGAGCAAAACAAGUAGUAUUAACUGUUUCUACAUGAUUUCUUUGACCGAUGGGACUUUAUUCAAUUACAUUGCAAUGAAAUAGUCCUAUUUUGUUUGAACCCGGUGUUCUUACUGAGGUCAUUUUUAAAGAAUUGGAUAUGUCUCAUUGUGUUGAAAUCCAAACAUACAGCUUGCGCUAACAAACAUGUCAGAUUGCUUUCCAUGAAUUAUAUGGUUUUUCUGAGAAGUAUUUUUGUUUCUUUAAAAAAAAAAAAAUUACAUGGCUGUGCUGAGCCACUCUUGCUCAGUAUUGUAUUAUAGUAAUUAUAUUGUAUGUUUUUAACAAUUAUUGCAUUUAAGGUAAGUAUCAGACAGAUGUUAAUUCAAACUCCACUGAUUUCUCAAAAAGAGUUGUCAUAUUUGUACCUACUAUAUUCUCACACCGUCUAGGGGCAUGUACAAUGUAAUUUUCUUUCAAGUAAAUCAGGUUAAGAAGAAGCAAUGAUGUCGCCAUGCGCUUAAAAUCAUGUUAAAAAAUUCAAGCCCUGAUAAAACUCGCUGCUGGUUUUGAAAUACCUGGCAUUACAGAACAUUAUUUUCCAAAACCUCAAAUUGUACUGUACAUAAUUGUUUUAAUUGCAUAGAGGUUAAUCCACCUCAAUCUGUUAAAUAAUUAAACGGCAAGUAAGAGGUCAAAGUAACUUAUUUUUCAGCGGAUUACCUCUUAUGUCAUUAUCAAGGAUAGUAUGGUCAGGACAAGUUGGAGACACAAGUUGGAGUUUGCACCAGUCCUACUGUCAGGGUCAAACACUUUUUUCAAGGCAAGCUAGUUGCGAGGACAGCCAGAGUAGGUGUGACCAAUUAGCAUCGCACUGUAGUAGGUUUAGUAUGUGUAAUUACAAGUUUAGAAAUGCAUAGAUAAGGUUAUAGAUUAUUUCUCACCUCAUCAUGCAGAUAGGUCAGGUACAUAGAUGGGCAUGUAGCCGGGGACACUAAACAUCUUCCUUUUGCUUUGAAAUAGUAACCCUAGAGGCCAGACAUCAGCAUGUGAGUGUUGGCAACCACACCUUUGUUUGAUUUGUCAUAACCAAUAUCUCUCCCUAACUGUUACAUGGUUAAUCAGUCACAGAAAAUACAUUAUCAAUGGACGUAAGCAAAAGUUUUGCAGAAUUGUUUUACAUGUCCAUUAUUGUGUCAAUUGAAAGAUAGGAUCCAGCUUUACAAUCACAGGAAACCAAAGUGAAGGAAAACUCUCUGCUGUCCCAGGCUGAGGCAGAUCAUAUGUGCUGAAAACUGUAAAAGAACAGAAAGGAGUUGUGGUCCUUUCUUUUUCUCUACUGUACUCAGGUAUCUCUUGCAACAGAGAUAAUGAGAUUACCUGCUUAAAUAAAGGUUAUAUGAUGGUUGUUGACUUCACAA